AUGAGAUUUGGAUUGUCACUAGUUUUGUUUGUUUGUUUGCUUUCUUAUGUUCAUUCUUUCCCACUUUUCAAUUUCAACAAAAAGGAAAGGUACAUAAUACAACUCAGAAAACCGGAUUCUGUUGAAGUCUUGUGUGCUCAGGACGAUGCUGUCAAGUCUUUUUCUCAUUUGCGGCGUGAGAUCAAGAAGGUUUUCUCAUUCGGAAAGUUUGAAGGAUUUGUAGGUGAAUUCUCUAAAGAUGUUAUUGAUAGAAUAUCCCAAAAUCCUUUAGUAGAGAAAAUAACUCAAGACUUCAGCAUUCAAGCAUUGGAUGAAAUUGCGGUACAAGAAGAUGCUCCGUCUCAUUUGGUUAGGUUAUCUCAAGACGAGCCGGUUGACGAAGAUGAAGAAAUGAAUUACUACUAUUCCGAAGACUUUCAAGGAAAAGACAUCACCGUAUAUGUUAUUGAUACCGGUGUAUACGUUGAACACCCUGAAUUUGAGGGACGAGCAAAGUUAGGUCCAAACUUCUCCACCGAUCUGAGAAAUAUUGAUUAUGUUGGGCAUGGAACCCAUGUUGCCGGAGUCUUGGGCUCAAAAACUUAUGGGGUUGCGAAAGAGGUCAACAUUCAUUCAGUCAAAGUCUUAGAUAGAUUUGGCCAAGGCUCUUUAUCAUCUGUUAUUGCGGGUUUGGAGUACUCAGUAAACCAUCAGAAAGAGAAUGGUCUGCAUGCAGUUGCAAACUUAUCUUUGGGAGCAGCAAAAAGCAGCGUGUUAGAUGCAGCUGUCCAAGCAGUGUAUGAUUCAGGAUUAUUGGUGAUUGUUGCAGCUGGUAACAACAACAUGAAUGCUUGUAGAACUUCUCCCGCGGGAUCUUCUUAUGCGUUCACUGUUGGGGCAAUUGAUGAUAAAACCGAUGAAAUCGCCCAUUUCUCAAACUGGGGUAACUGUGUUGAUAUUUUUGCCUCUGGUGUUGAGGUCAAGAGUUUGAACAGCAAUAGACACGGCAGUGAUAUUCAGAUUUUGAGUGGCACCUCUAUGGCGAGUCCCAUAGCAGCUGGGUUAGCAGCUAUUCUAAUUGAACAAGGGAUUGCACAUGGCCAGGUUUUCAAUGAGAUGAGAAACUUGGCAAAUCUGAAUUCGAUACCAGCAACUAGCUUAAGGUUGCGUCCUGGAAGUCCUAACGCGAUAGCGAAUAACGGAGUAAUUGCAAAUUCAGCUGCUGUAUCGAAGAUUAACAACACAAUAGCAAAUGUACAAUACUUCUAA